UUUUUUUUUCUUAGGUUAAAAGAAAAUGGAUCAGGCAAGGUCAACAAUUUCUAAAAUAUUUAAUGGAGAGCCUCACUCCUACACACGCUUCAACCUGACCCAGAACAUGGAGGGCGAUAACAGUCAGGUGGAGAUGAAGCUAUCCUCUGACAUGGACGAGGAGGUGGGGGGCAACGGCACAGCAGACCACCUCAACCACAACUCCAGAAGCAAACCCUAUGUGACCCAGAGGAAUGGACGCACGCCCAGGAACCUCUGCUUCAUGGCUGUUGCUACUCUCCUCAUCUUUAUCAUCGGGUAUCUAAUUGGGUUCUUGGUUCAUCGGAAGAAGGACAUGGCCCCUGCCUGCCCUCACACCUUUAUCCCAAAACCAGGCCCUGUUGUUAUAGAACGAGGAGCUGCUCCAGUCAUGGAAUGGGAUAGUGUCAAAAAGCUAUAUGCUGAAAAGCUCAAGAUGUCAAAUUUUGAUGCAACCUUCAGAACCUUUGCCAGUGACAGCCAUCGGGCAGGUUCUCCAGGUGAUGAUGAACUUGGUAACAAAGUUAUCAGAAAAUUCAAAGAAUACGGCAUGGACACCUGGACCGAUGAGCAUUUUGUCAAAGUCCAGGAGCUUUCAGGAGCAAACAAAGUAACUUUCAAUGGUGAAAAAGUAGAUUUGUAUGGAUUCCUUUCCUACAGUGCUCCUGGGACAGCAACGGGUGCUGUCUUGUAUGCCCAUUACGGGAGAGAAACUGACUUCAGCGCCCUCCGUGACAAAAACAUCCCCAUGAAUGGCCGGGUCAUGCUAGUCAGAGCUGGUUUGAAUAGUUUUGCUGAAAAGGUAGCCAACGCUGCCAAAGCGAAUGCUUCUGCAGUUCUGAUCUAUGCAGACCAGUCUGAUUACAAUUCGCUGGGUUCCUCCACAGAAAUUUUUGGCCAUGUCCACUUGGGCUCUGGUGAUCCCUACACUCCAGGCUUCCCCUCCUUUAAUCACACUCAGUUCCCACCCAUUGAAUCAUCUGGACUGCCCAGAAUUCUGGCACAGACUAUUUCUUCUGAACUGGCUAUGAAAAUUUUAAGGCAACUAGGGGGUCCGGAAAUGCCAAGACAUUGGGGGACCAUUGCCAAGCUGGGAGGGGAGACUGAUAUGAUCACAGUGCAAGUCAACAAUCUGUUAACUGAGAAAAAAAUCACAAAUGUUUUUGGAGUGAUCAAAGGCUUUGUUGAUGCAGAUCGCUAUGUUGUAAUUGGUGCCCAACGAGAUGCCUGGGGUCCAGGUUUUGCCAAAUCAACUGUUGGCACCAGUGUUCUUCUUGAAAUGGCUCGCUCAAUCUCGGAAAUGAAAAACAGUGGAUUUAAGCCCAGAAGAAGUAUAGUUUUUGCCAGUUGGAGUGCUGGGGAAUAUGGGAGCGUUGGUGCUACAGAGUGGCUAGAGGGCUAUCUGUCCUCUCUCAGUAUGAAAGCCUUCACAUAUGUGGACCUCAAUGGAGUUGUUACAGGUCAAAAUGGACUCAAGAUUUCCGCUAGUCCCUUGCUGCACACGUUGAUCCUGGAUGCCCUGAAAGAGGUGAAAAGGCCAACAAGAGACGCAACAUCCCUUUUAGCUCAGUAUGGGGGCAAUUUUGACUCUUUAUUGGAACCCAUGAAUAUGGACAGCGCUGCAUAUCCUUUCCUUGCCUUUUCAGGAAUCCCAGCUAUGUCAUUUAGAUUCACCUCAGAACAUUUGAGCUAUCCAUAUUUCGGCACAAUGUUGGACAGUCCGCAAAAACUCCAGUCUACAACCUCCAACCAGGUGGCCCAGUUUGCUGAAGUAGCUGCUCGCUUCGCAGGUCAUAUUGCUUUGAGGCUGGUUCAUGAUCACCUCCUACAGCUCGACCUUCAGAAAUACACCAGGAUUAUCCGCUCCAAGGUUUUCCAAAUCAAUGGGAAAGUGGCUGAGGUUCAAAGGCUGCGGCCCCAGGUUCUUCCCAAAGGGCUCACUAUGCAGUGGCUCAUGUCUGCAUCUGGCUCCUACAGCCGAGCCUCAGCAAACUUGGCAACCGACAUCCAGAACAGUGACCUGGAGGAUGUGGAAAUGUGCCGCAUAAUCAAUGACCGCAUCAUGGCUGUGGAGAGAAACAUGCUGUCACCCUACGUGUCUCCCAGAGAAAACCCUUUCCGCCACAUUCUGUUGGGCUCAGGUCCUCAGACACUGGGUGCGCUCAUAGACCAUCUAGAAGCCAUCAGAAUUGACCGUCCUGAGGCUGACGCAGAUGUUUUUCGCAAUCAGUUUGCCCUGGCCACCUGGACCAUUCAGGGCUGUGCAAACUCAAUAGCAGGAGACAUCUGGGCUUUGGAUAACGAAAUUUAAAUGCCUAUACAUAAUUUGGUCUUCAUUUUCAAACAGGUGUCAAUUUCACACAAAAAACUUCACUGGAAGCAUAUUUAAUUAAUUUAUUAAUUACCGAUGCUGUCACCUGGGUAUAGUUUGCAGAUGUCCAUAUAACUCUUUAAAAAUGUAAUCAGUUACUUGAUGACUGACAGCCUCAAUGUUGUGAGGCAAUCCAUUUUCAUUUGCUUUAUAAAUUAGAAGUGACACACUAAAUACUUGAAUACCCUUUGCCUGCUCCUAUUCAGUUACAAGUUUAAACAUUAACAUUAGCGUACAGUAUAAAGACUGCACCAGGUCAGAUCAAGACUAGAGAAGGGGCUCAUUUUAUCUAUGCACGUUUACGACAAAUACAAAAAGAACAAAUUCCUCUGCUGCUGUAGCCUCACGUUCAAACAAUGGUGGGUUGAAAUGGCAGCUUUAACUUUAUACUAUACCAUAAAGUUACUCCUCUUCUUUGAUGAUUUUUAGUACAUUUUUAUAAUCCAUCUGUUGAAUACCAUUGACUUUCAAAAUGGUACUGAAACUAAAUGAAACUAUUUAUAUUUUGUUAUUUAUUUAUCAGUGGCAGGGUUCACUAUAAAUAUUUUUAUUGACUUUUAUAAAAAUAUAUACAUAUAUAGUAAUUAUCGGGAGCAGUGCCUUCCAUAAUUAUGACAGUUAUACUGUCGAAACAACAAAAGCAGCAUCUGCUAAUCCUGAGUGUUCAUGACCAGCCUCUGUAAUGUUAUCGUCCGGUUGGUCUCAGUGCAUCACUGCCUCAUGAACACUUCACUGACUGCAUUAUCGGGAGCAGCGUCUCCCAUAAUGAUCAAAGAAGGUAGUUUUUGCCUACCAGUGUGUUUGUAUAUCGGAGGCAGUGCCCUCCAUAUUUCACUGUAGGGGUGGAUUUUUUUUUUUUUUAUUAUCGGGAACAGUGUUUCUCAUAAUUUGUAUAUAAUGAUUGUACUUGAUGCUUAUGUCUACUGUAGAGACCACAGACCCCUCGUUCUCAAUGCUGCAUGUAAUAGACAAGGUUACAAAAAGCUCUUGUUCAAGCUUGUCUUGUUCAGUUAUAGGUUUCUGAGGUUGUCACUCACAUGUUGUGUUUUUUUUUUUUGAUUUAUUAUUAAUAUAAGUCAUACUUGUUACCUGUUUAGCGCUCAUGUGGUCACAGGGAUGUGGUCUUCUGUUAUCUUGAAAAUCUGCCUUUUUUUUUUUUUUUUUUCAUUUAUUUUGAGUGCAAGUUCUUUCUUACUUUGUACUGGUGCCUUGGUCUUUAACACAGACAUUGAUGUUGUUAUGCUCUUAUCCUUUCAUUUAUUAAACUAGUUAUUGACUAAAACUUGGAUACGCUUAACUGAGAAGAUCCAAUCAAACUAAAAUACAAAAUUGGCCAUUGAUGUUACAAUGUUAAUGAAUAUACACAGCUGUUAAUAAAAUGGGUCAAUUGUGUGCAUUCUGCAGUAUGAAAAAUAAUAUUGAUUAAUUGUAUUUGAUGCCACACUAUACACACGUUUGUUUUGUUCUACAGCAAUAAAUUACAUAACACCCAAA